AUGUGGCAACGUUUUCGUCAAUAUCUCCCUUUCAGUAUUUCAGUUGGUCAAAAAGCAGAGGAAAAAAAUAAAAAAAUUGAAAAUGAAGAGGAGGAGGAUGAUGAAAGAAGAGAAGAAACAAGUUUUGAUGCAACCCCAGGGUUAUUGAGUGAUGAGGAUGAAGAAAGCGGGGGUGCUAAUUUUUCUUCUACACGUUCAUCUUUUAGAAGAAAUGAACCUAAAACUCAUCAUAGAACAGCUUCUAAUGUUUCAGGUCAACAACCACCAAAAGGAAAAUUUUUCAAAAGGUCAGAAACAGCCCCCAGAUCUAGUACAAGUGGAGGUGGCGGUAGUUUUGGAAGUGUUGGUGUUUCUAAAGCUGCAAAAAAGCAACAACAGAAAAGACCGUUCUCCGCAACACCACGUUCAGAGGGAGGGGACGCACCUUCAGCAGCAGAAAAUUUAACUUCUAGACUUUCUAGAAGAUCGUCAAUUAUUUCCGAUUUGGUUGCUCUAAUGGUGCGCAGAUCGAGUAGCAUGGGACACAGAGGUUCUGGUCAACAAAAAGGAGGAGGUGGUGGUGGAGGGGGGAGUAGUAGUGGCGGUGGAGGAGAUCAACGAGAAGAGCUUUCUUCGCAGGACCAAAAGGAAAGAAGCGUUGAUUCAAGGGAAGAAGAAAGACGAUUAAGACGAAAUGAUUACAAUGGGGAGGAUGAAGAAGAGGAAGAUAUUGGAAAUAUGCCGAGAGAGAAAAUCCUUCAAAGAAUAAGGCAUCACAAGGAAAUUAUUGGAAAAGUAAGGCUACAACCAUGGCCUAUGAGAAGGAAAAGGAGAGCGUUAAAAGUAGCUAGGCAAUAUUUACAAAAACAGGAAGCUCAAGUUAGUAAAUGGCAUCUGUAUAAAGUUGAAGCAAGUAGACGAGGGAAUCAGGCUUGGCGCUGGGCAAAAAAUCUCAGUAUUUACUUAAUUCCUUGGGAAUCAAAAAUUAAACAAAUCGAAUCCAAUUUUGGUUCUGUCGUUUCUUCUUUUUUUAUUUUUCUUCGUUGGGUACUUGGAAUGAAUGUUGCAAAUUCUUUAUUGGUUAUGGCUUUUGUUGUUGUGCCCGAAUGGUUGGCAGAUUCAAAAAAUGAUAUUGGACGUUUUAACCGGACUAGGCAUAUAAAAGCAAUGCCUACUAAAGUUGCUGUACAUGCUGAUGAAUUAAAUACUGUCCUGGAUUUUGGGGGUUACCUCCAAUAUUCCUAUCUCUUCUACGGCUAUUACAGUCACGAAACAGUCCUUAAAGGUUUCAUCAUUGGUUAUCACGUUCCUGUAGCCUAUGUUUUUUUAAAUUUAUUUUUGCUUGUAUUUUGUAUUUUUAUUAUUUUGAAGAAAAUGACUUCAAAUACUCGAAAAAGUAAAUUAAGUAGUGGAAAGCAAGAACAAUAUGUUUUUACUUGGAAAGCAAUAAAUGGGUGGGAUUACAAUAUUGGAGAACCCGAAACUGCGGCUUCGUUAGCUAUGGCUAAUGCUAUUAAAUUGAAGGUAGGUUUGAAAAAAUUUAAUUUAAAAGUUGGAUCAAUCCAGAAGGUCAACUUCCUAAUGGUCAAUUAUUUCUAG